AAAAGAUAAGGAAAGUGGUAGCGGUAACAAUUAUUACCUUCUGUGUAACGGCAACUCGUUCAAACCAAGAUUAGGGACCGGGGAUAAAUAACAGCCACGGAACAUCGGACUGGGACGUCAGUCAUCUUUCAGAAACGAAACACGCUGUGCAGCAUCACACGGCAACCCAUCCACAGUUCUGCAACAGCUGGACACACAUUGUCGUCGAGAUAGUGGUCUUCACCCGCACCCUUGUAGCAACGCUCUCUCGACAACAGUCCGUUUUCGACUGCGUACACCCCAUUAUUGAUAUUAUAAAUCGCCGUUUGUCGUCGAUAUAAUAAUAUCAUAUUAUAUUAUUUCAAAGGAACGAAAACCGCGGAAUUAGAAGAAAAUGGCCGAAGACUCCUUCAUCGUAUCACCCACUAGAAAACACACUGGCACCAUCAUAUUCUUGCACGGACUCGGCGAAAAUGGAGAAAACUGGAAGCUGGUGCUCUCCAAAAUGGUCAAGCCCAAUAUCAAAGUGAUCUGCCUUAACGCGCCGAAAAUUCCACUUACACUAAACAAGGGUUUCCCUACGGCUGCGUGGUUUGACCUGGCGUCGCUAGACGAGAACAAGAUGGAAGACGAGUCAAGCAUCUUGCGAGCCGUAGACAAGCUGCACGACAUCAUCGACGAGGAGAUCGCUUCGUCCAAAGUGUCAGCCACCAAGACCAUGUUGGCAGGUUUCUCUCAAGGUGGCGCCCUUGCAAUGUAUGCCGCACUCACCUACCACAAACGGCUAGCCGCCGUCUGUGUCAUGUCCAGCUGGCCGGUGAUCCGGCAUACCAUGCCCGAUGCGGCCAUCAACAACACCAACACACCAACGUUGCAGUGCCACGGAACCGAAGACCCUGUCAUUUUCUACAAAUGGGGUUUAAUUUUGUCCGAAGCCCUCAAGGAGAUGAACCCGAACAAGUACGAAUUUAAGGCGUACGAGGGUUUGGGCCACGCCGUCAACGACCAGGAAUUACAAGAUGUCAAAAAUUUUAUCAACAAAAUAUUCCCGUAAUCGAAUGGAUAUAUUAUUAAACAGGAAAAUUUAUGUAGAAUGAAUUUAUAGUUCAAAAACGUCUGCGUAUAUUAUGCACAAUAUACAUAAUUUAUAUUAGUUGUA